UCCCUGAAACCGAAAGACAAGCUCGUAAGAGAAAACCAAACAAAACUCCAAAAGAAAGAAGAAAAUUAAUAUCUUAUUUUCUUUUAAAAGAUGUCAUCAAUGGAAGAUUUGAAAGCAAAGGCACGUUUGGCUGUGCUUGCUGCCCACUUGGCGGCUCCUGGUUGGUCCUCCAACAACCCGAAUUCCUCCGUUCUCGAGCCGGGGUGCGUGUCGGCUCAAGCCGCCCCUUCCUCCGUUGGCGGUUCGUUGACCGUCGUCGACGAGCGAGCCGGGAAGAAGUACCAGGUCCCUGUCUCAACCGAAGGCACCGUCAGAGCUACCGAUUUUAAAAAGAUAACGACAGGGAAAGAUGACAAGGGGCUGAAAAUUUAUGAUCCGGGUUACUUGAAUACUGCUCCGGUUCGGUCGUCGAUUUCUUAUAUAGAUGGAGACGAAGGGAUCCUUAGAUACAGAGGGUAUACAAUUGAAGAAUUGGCUGAGAGUUCCAGUUUCUUGGAAGUGGCUUACCUCUUGAUGUAUGGGAAUUUGCCUUCUGAAGGUCAGCUAGCAGACUGGGAAUUUGCUGUUACCCAGCAUUCGGCUGUGCCGCAAGGGAUUCUGGACAUUAUACAAUCAAUGCCCCAUGAUGCUCAUCCAAUGGGUGUCCUUGUCAGUGCAAUGAGCGCCCUUUCUGUUUUUCACCCUGAUGCCAAUCCUGCUCUCAGAGGCCAAGAUCUUUAUAAGUCGAAACAAGUGAGAGAUAAGCAAAUAGCUCGCAUUCUUGGAAAGGCACCAACCAUUGCUGCGGCAGCUUAUCUGAGGAUGGCAGGAAGGCCUCCAGUUCUUCCUUCCAGCAACUUAUCUUAUUCCGAGAACUUUCUCUAUAUGCUAGAUUCAAUGGGCAACCGGUCUUACAAGCCCAACCCUCGGUUAGCUCGAGUUCUGGACACUUUCAUACUACAUGCAGAACAUGAAAUGAACUGUUCCACAGCUGCUGCUCGGCAUCUUGCAUCAGGUGGAGUUGAUGUAUACACUGCACUAGCUGGAGCUGUUGGAGCAUUAUAUGGACCUCUUCAUGGUGGAGCAAACGAGGCUGUGCUCAAGAUGCUUAGCGAGAUUGGAUCAGUAGAGAACAUUCCUGAGUUUAUUGAAGGUGUUAAGAACAGGAAGCGGAAAAUGUCUGGUUUUGGGCACCGUGUAUACAAAAACUAUGAUCCAAGGGCAAAGGUGAUAAAGAAAUUGGCAGAGGAAGUUUUUUCUAUUGUCGGCCGGGAUCCUCUUAUUGAGGUAGCUAUUAGUUUGGAGAAAGCUGCAUUAUCCGAUGAGUAUUUUAUUACGAGGAAACUUUAUCCAAAUGUUGAUUUCUAUUCGGGAUUAAUAUACCGGGCUAUGGGAUUUCCACCGGAGUUCUUCACUGUAUUAUUUGCAAUCCCUCGGAUGGCUGGGUACUUGGCACACUGGCGCGAGUCUUUAGAUGAUCCUGAUACAAAGAUAAUAAGACCCCAACAGGUUUAUACCGGUGUAUGGCUACGGCAUUACAUGCCACUAAAGGAACGAAUGGCGUCAAAUGAAGCCGACAAGCUCGCGCAGGUAUCCACAUCAAAUGCCUCGAGACGACGACUCGCCGGCUCCGGGGUUUAGGCUUCAUUGUGCUUAUAUUAUAAUGCAAGCAAAAUAAACGGGGUUAGUAAUCUCCAUGAAAAUAAAGUUACCCUUGUCAAACGGGGUUAUAUUAUAAUGCAUGGGGCUCGUAUUCCGUUGAACCUAUUACUGAUAGGGAUGGAUGGUCUUACAAUUAAAGGUAAUAUAUACUUGAUUUGUGAACUUGGAAAUGGUUUUAGUCGUCAUGAUGUAGUGUCUUAGCCUGCAAGGUCUCACUAGCCAGCUUCAACUUGUGAAACUGAUCAAAUUCAAAACAAUUAUUACUGUUUAUUCUAUUUCAAAAAUUAAAGUUAAAUGUU